AUGUCGGCUCUCGUCCAGGACUCCCCCGACCGAGCCGUCACAGCCAUUGAGCCUCUGACAGGAAGCGAUAACUACGCUACCUGGAAGCGCCUCAUGACUUCCUACUUGAAAGCCAGGCAGGUCUGGGAUGUGGUGUCGGGCGACCUCCAGCGUCCAGAUUGCCAGUUCAAAUAUGCCAAGCCAAUCACGGCGGAUAUCACUCCGCUUGUGGAGCCCCACCUUAAUGGGGCGGUGCGGCAGAGGGCCAUCGAAGCACGCCUCGAAGUGGAGGUCCAAGCUUUCGAGCGUCAUAAGGAAUGGUCGCGGCGCGAAGCCGAGGCCUACCAUAUCAUCUUCCGGUAUCUAUCGCCCAAUAUCAGUGUGCACGUCGCGGGACUGGAGACAUCCCGGGAGCUCUGGAAUGAGCUGGAAGAACGAUAUCGGCGUAUGGAGCUGGCCACGUUUUGCGAGCUGUUCGCCCAGCUUCGCGAAACCACGGCCGCCCGAUGCGCCAGCACACGGGAAUUUGUCGAUCGUGUGCGGUUGCUGGUACACCGGCUGAAUGCCAUUGCUCCGGGAUCCAUCGGUGACCGAACACACAUCGCGAUUCUGUUGACCCAAAUCGGACCGGAAUACGUCCUCGUCGUGGAUGCCAUCCAGAACGACAAGGACCCGGUCAAUCCAACGACGAUUGGAAACCGUCUCGCCAACGCCGAGCAGACGGUGCAGCGAAAGGACGCUGCUACGGUCCCGCACGGAGUGUCAGGCCCCUCAAACAACGCCUCUAUCAAUACGGUGCAGAAGACCGCAAAGAAAUGCACCUACUGUAAGAAGCGCGGCCAUGUGGCCGUGGACUGCUGGAAGAAACAGCGCGAACAGCAACCACCAAGGGACCAUGCCCUAAAGACGGAAAGGAGUGUUUCUGGCUCACCAAGACACAAUUUGCAAACCAUACCAGUAAGCCAGAGGGAAGAACGGCAGGGCCCGCCGACUUCCAAGAGACCGCGGAUCAAUAUCGUGAGGGCGAGGGUGACGACCCUUUAUACCCACGCGCCGGCUUCCUCCUCUCGGUGGAUCCUGGAUUCGGCCGCCACCAGCCACAUCUGUUGGGAUCGGAGCUGCUUUGUUAGCUUGCGGCCGUACCGUGAGAUGUUGGACACGGCGGGCGAUCCAGUGGAAGCCGAAGGGAUUGGUACGGUGAAGCUCACGCUCCGGGGGAAGUCCAGCCACCCCCUGGUGUUGAAGAACGUGUAUUUCGCGCCACGCAUCGGGAUGAACCUGAUCAGCGUGCCGAAGCUAUUACGCGACCGCUACUCGGUGGUGGCGCACCCACAGAACGUCUUUGUGCAGCGCCGAGGACGAACCGUGGGGACUGCCUACCAUGCGGAGGAGGAUCUGUUGAUCCUGCGGUGCCAUGUGAGCCCAAGAUCCCGAGAGCGAGUCCAACUGGCGAGGGCGCCGACAAACCGUGGGCAUGCAGAUUCCCUGGAACCGCAGGCGGUGGCCAUGGAUGUCGACGACCCUCGGGAGUCAAGUGGCGUAGGAUGCGCAUCGCCAACCUCUGAACUCGGUGGUGAAGCUCGGAUACUCGAAGAAGAUGCGUGCACAGGAGUGAACCAGGCCUCCGAAGCAUUUUGGCACGCUCGGAUGGGACAUCUGAACCGGGGUGACUUGAGGGUGGUCCUCCGGCAGACCGGCACUCCGUACCGACCUCUGACGCACAGCGAACUGCUGGCAACGCCGCAGUGUCCAGCGUGCAUGUCGGGCAAGCAGCAUCAGAAGAGGAGCUCCCGUGCAAGACGGCCACGUCUGCACUCGUCAAGAAUCUUUGAAAUGAUCCAUUCGGACAUUAUGGAAAUGCCAGUUGCUAAAGAUGGCUCUAGGUACGUGAUCACCUUUACUGACGAUUAUUCGCGCGGCUCCUGGGCCUAUGCCAUGAGAUGGAAAUAUGAAGCGCUGCAGAAGUUUCGACAAUUCGAGGCCUGGGUGCACCGACAGUUCGGCGCUCAGAUCAAAAGGUUCCUCACCGAUAAUGGGAGAGAAUACUUGCCGAUCGGAACACACCUCGAGUCCCAGGGAGUUGAGUUUGACACGUCGCCGCCAUACUGCAAAGGGCAGAACGGGCUGGCGGAACGCACGAAUCGCACUAUCCGGGAGCGGAUCAACACGCUCCUGUCCGAUGCGAAACUUCCUCCUUCCUGGUGGACCGAGCUCUUAGACACGGUAGUCUAUCUUAAGCUGCGCGCGCCAGCAUCAAUCCUACAGAAGAAGACACCGUAUGAAGUCUUCUACGGGAAGCCACCCAAGCUGUUGCAUCUACGACGGAUCGGCUCCCGCGCAUGGGUAUUGAUUCCUAAAGAGCAUCGGGCGAAGAUCGGACCACGGUCGUCUGAGUGCCGACUGCUCGGGUACUGCGAACCCAAUCAGUACAAGCUUUAUGAAGUACACUCUGGAAGGACCAUCUUUUCCCGUGAUGUCGAGUUCGAUGAAAGGACCCCUGUGGCGCCACUCAUCGAGGGGGAAACUGGCAACGACCUCCCGGACAACGCUCCUCCAGCACCUGUCUUUCCUGAACCAAUGCUGCCUCCAUCUGGUGGGCCACCUACGCCGCCGCCAUCUCCUGACAAACUAGAGAACGCUGCUCCUUGUGAGCGAGUUGAUAACGUGCCGUCUGAUUCUGAACCGGUUGAUGUUCCCUCACCAGUCAAUCCAAUCCAGCACGAAACAGAGGCCACACAGGACCUUGGUUAUUCUUUGUAUGGCCGAAGACGAAGAUCUUCCAGGCGUCUCUUGGAGUCUCUAGGUAAGGUGUAUGCGACAGGGACAUUGAAUGCAACUGUCGCAAAAGACGUGGAUCCUCUGACCUUCCACGAAGCUGUGUCUGGACCCAAUCAGCUGGAAUGGUGGGCUGCGAUCCAGAAAGAAUACGCUUCUCUUCUUGAUCAUGGCACAUGGGAGAAAGUUUCACGAAAUGAAGUUCCCCCCGGGGAUCGGAUUAUUGGCUGCAAGUGGGUAUUCAAGACGAAGACUAAUGGAAUCCGGAAAGCGCGAUUGGUGAUCAAAGGCUACCGACAGAAACAUGGUAUCGACUAUCACGAAACCUUCGCGGCUGUAUCCCGAAUGGAUUCGGUCCGCAGCAUCGUUGCGAGUGCCGUGCUGCGUGGGUGGAAACUCCACCAAUUCGAUGCCGUCACUGCGUUCCUCCACGGUGAUGUCGAUUCGUCUAUCUACAUGUAG